GCACCAAUUAACAGGUAAGGAUUGCAUGGGUUAACUUGUAUUUAAAUAAGUUGCUCUGGACACGAACAUUGCUAAAAUGCCUGACAAUAAAAUACAAUAUCCGAUUCCAGCUGUCAUUUAGAACCGGCUUGUUAAAAGACAUAACAGUAACUACGGAUUUGAGGCUAUAUUUGUUUUAAUUGUGUUUUUAAAUGUAAAUUUCACGUGGUAAUUACGUUAUGGUCACUGAUAAACUGUAUAGCCUUACUUAACACACAGGACACUGCACUGUGAACCAAAAGUCCCCCCACCUCCAAAAGGAUCCAUCGAUGCCUGGGUCUGACUCAGAGGUCUAACUGGGUAAAAUCACUGCCUCCUUCGUGUCAGUUCCAGGAAGAGUUAAAUCGCGAUAUACUAUCUUCGGUCGUUUGCCUCUGCCAGUACCCUAUGUGACUGCACUUUUGUCCUGAUCUUUAUUGAAUUGUUUUUUUUAAAUUAAACCUUGAAACAAAAGUCACUACUUUGACCGAAUAUUUGGAUAGCUGUUUCCAGGCGAACGUACAACAAACCCAGCGUUCUACUUCCUUCCUUGUAGGCAAACGGGUCUCUUUUAGAUCUCAGUCGUGAUACGGUAUUUCUAACAACAGCACCGCACGAUGUGAAAGUAGGCUACUCAUUGCUAGUGGCUCAUUCGAAUUAAAAAUGCAUUUUAAUAUUUUAAUUAUGCAAAGUUAACAAUGUAACAGUUGAAAUUGAUGAUAUCGCACAAUAUGCUUUAUGUUGUAAAAUACUGUGAAAUAAGGACCAGCUACGCCGUCCGUCUGCGUCGCCUUCGGCUCUGUCAAUGAAGAGCUAUCUUCUCGGACGAAAGCGGGCUAAUAAGAUUCUAAGCGGGAGGGCAGAGCCGCGCGCGAGACCCAGAAAGCAGGAACACACAGUCGCUUGAAGUGGCGAGAGAGCCGCAUAACCGAUGUGCUAUAACAGCUAGAGGUAUUAAUAGCAGGACGUGUACAGAGCACCGAACCCUGACCACAUGAAACUGACAUCAACCCACCUUCCUUGUAGCUACGUCGGUGUCCCUGACAGCAAGCGCACACUUGGAGCACGCUAAAUUAUGUCUAAGGGACAUCAGUGUUGUGUUUCUAAAUGCCUUUCUGUGCCUUGGCAUCGCGACUGUGCCACUGCAUUGUUCGCUCUUGUAGCCGGAUUACGGUUUUACUGUGAGAAACUUGAACACACGGAGAGAUAGCUACAUUUUCCUUGUCGUUCGUCUGGACAUUUCAUCAUGGAAGUAAAAGAAGAGAAAGCGAAAAAACAACCAACUAAAGCCAAAACAAAACGCAGAGAAAACAAACAGAAACCGAGGAAGCUUUUCCGAAGGAAAUCGCUGAAGUCGAUGGGAAGUCUUGUGAAUAAGAUUUUUAAAACUUUUGGCACUUUGACUCACUUCAAAGACGUCGACCUGCCUGACGCCGAAGAUGACGACGGCGGGUUCCGAGACAGCACACCUUGCAAGUUCACUGCCAGCUCAGGAAAUCUCAAAGGGGAUAUACAGGUUGCCAGGGAUCGCAUAAUAAAAAAGAGUCUCACACUGUCUUCCCACGGAUCUAUUAAAGAAAGACUGCCUUGUUGCUAUGGGGAAAAAACCCCGGGGGUUCUCGGCUUGAAAAACCAUGGCAACACCUGUUUCAUGAAUGCAGUGAUCCAGUGCCUGAGCAAUACGGAUCUUUUUGCGGAAUAUCUUGGUCUGGAGCUAUACAAAUCAGAUUUCAUUAAGAGGGCUAACGGGAUUUUAAGUGAAGACGCGCAAUACGUUAGGGGGGAAGUGACGGAGCAGCUCGCCUCCUUGGUGAGGGCUCUUUGGACGCUAGAGUACACGCCGCAGCUGUCAGUAGAGUUCAAGAACACUGUGUCCAAAUGCAGCGCUCAGUUCCGGGGGAACUCGCAGCAGGACGCUCUGGAGUUCCUGCUGUGGCUCCUGGAUCGCGUGCACGAGGACGUCAACUCCUCCCCCAGGGGGCGCCAUCGCAAGACCAAAGCAUCCGCCGCGGAGCCUCCUGGAGGAGAGGAGACCCCCUCCCUGGGUUCCGCGUGUCCCCCCCAGCCCAGCGCCCCGGGGGGGCCCUACAGCUUUGUGCAGGAGCACUUCCAGGCCCAGUACAAGUCCUCCCUCACCUGCCCUCACUGCCUUAAGCAAAGCAACACCUUCGACCCCUUCCUCUGCAUCUCCCUGCCCAUCCCACUGCGCCAGACCAGGCACGUGACAGUGACCCUGGUCUUCAGCACCAGGACCCAGCGGUACCUGCGGGUGGGGCUGGCCGUCCCGCUGCUGGGGUCCCUGGCCUGCCUGCGGAGGAUGGUGGCUGACGAGGGAAAAAUCUCCCCGGAGCAGGUGAUCCUGACUGAGAUCUACCCCACAGGGUUCCAGAGGUCCUUCUUCGACGAGGACGACCUGAGCAGCAUCGCGGAGAGUGAUGUCAUCUACGCCUUCCAGGCCCCGCCCCUCUACGGGAGGGCCGGCCCCACACAAUUCUCAGGGAACCAUCACAGCCUGCCCUCCUCCCCCUACUCCUCUGGGUCCGAAGGUCAGAGGUUACCCCCCUCAGGUGCUCUCUCCUCCGAGUUCCUGAAUCGCGGGGGGUCAGCCAAGACCCUGCUCCUCGUCUGCAACACCGCGGGGGCGGGGCAACAGGCUGUCCGGUUCGGUCCCCCCUUCCUCAUGCGCGAGGACAGGAGCGCCCCCUGGCACCAGCUGCAGCAGAGCAUUCUGGGAAAACUGAGCUACCUGAUGCUCAACGGGGCGCUAGUACAGAACGCAGGAGCGCUCUUUAAGAUUCGUGUGGUGGGAGGAUCGGCGACUUGCAGCUACUUGUCCCCUCAGGAUGGACGGCCGCUCUACCACUCCGCUGUGGACAGAGCCCUGAAGUUCUGCAGACCUGGGGGACCCCCGCAUGUGAAGCUCAUCGUGGAGUGGGACCCCAAGAUCAAAGAACGUGUGUUUGGGAACCUGCAGGAGGAGCUGGUUCAGGAUGCAGACAGUGUGAGGUCGCAGCAGGAGCAGCAGCUGCAGCAGCACAGCUGUACGCUGGACGAGUGCUUCCAGCUCUACACCAAAGAGGAGCAGCUGGCGCCAGACGACGCCUGGAAGUGCCCGCACUGCCAGCAGCUGCAGCAGGGCCGGGUGAAGAUGAACCUGUGGACGCUGCCCGACAUCCUCAUCCUCCACCUGAAGCGCUUCCGGCAGGUGGGCGAGCGCCGGCACAAGCUCUGCACGCUGGUGCGCUUCCCGCUGGCCGGCCUGGACAUGGGGCCCCACGCCGUCCAGAGGGGCCCUGGCCCCCCGCCGCCGCCGCCGCCACCACCGCCGCCCCCCCCGCCCGGGCCCGGGGCCGGCCCGCCCCCCGACUGCCUGUACGACCUGUAUGCGGUGUGCAACCACCACGGAGGCAUGCACGGCGGGCACUACACAGCGUACUGCAGGAACUCUGUAGACGGGCAGUGGUACUGCUAUGAUGACAGCAAUGUGGACCUCCUGCCAGAGGGGGAGAUAUGCACCAGGGGGGCUUACAUCCUCUUCUACCAGAAAUGCAACACCAUCCCGCCGUGGUCUGCCAGCUGUUCCAACAGAGGCUCCACCAGCUCCUCUGCGUCUGAUCACUGGCUGGUUCGGCUCACGGGGAGCAGCAAGCGGGGCAGUCUGGCCUCCCGGACGUCUAGUGCCUGCCCCGCCCCCACGCUCCCCUCGCAAGAGUCCCCCGUCUUCCAACAUGACCCCCCCGAGCCAGAGAGGGGAGGGUUCGAGAGCAGGCCGCUGGUUCGAGGUGUCCAGAGCUGGAGCGUGAGCAUGGGAACGCCCACCAAGAGCAAGGCCCUGCCCCCACGACCAUCGCUGAGACCCAGAGACCGGCACAGGUCCGCCCCCGACUUCGCCCCUGUCCCGCCCCUCGCCUCCGGGGAGCUAGUGGAGUACCUGGAGUCAGGGCGACGCCCACGCUGCACCAAGGACUCCAUCAUCCCGCUGAUGACCAGCCCCCCCGAGGAGGUGCCGCAGCACCCCCGUCCGCCUGGUGGGGGCCCCCUGGGUUCCGCCAGAGUGCCCACGGGGCAGUGCGGGCCCCCCGUGGAGAGGGGGAGCGGCCUUAAGCUCGACACUGCCCUCUCCUGGAGGGGCUCUGAAAGGACAGAGCAGGACCGGUUCACCACCAAGGGCUUCUGGGAUGGGGGGAGGGAUUUUGGGAGUGGGGACCGGCUUGGCUCCGCCCCCACUGGCCCAUCUUCCUGGGAUUCCGAACUGAAAAGGGAGUGGGCGAACUCCAGGGCAGGAGGGGGGGAGACGGGGCGGGAGAAGGGGGGCCAUGACGGCCUCCUGUCCUUCCUCCGGCCGGUCUUCCUCAAACGGGACGGCCAGAGACGGGCCCCCGGGGGCGAGGGGGCACACGGGAGCCCGACGCGGCCGUCCCGCUCCAGCGGGGCGCUGACGGGGGGUCCUGCCGAGGGGAAGCUCAACGGCGCCCCCGCAGGCAGGGGGAGGCGCUGCGAGGAGCUGGCGAACGGUGGGGCGGGGCGGGGCAUCGCCCACAUCCGCCGCUCCCAGAGCUCCUCCAACAUCCACGGCAGGCUGCAUGGCUCCGCCCCCCCGCACAGGAAGGACCCGGCGGCCGUGCCCCCCCAGAACCCCGCCCACGCCCCCCUGCUCAGACCCUGCCACAGCACCACCUCCCUGGGCAAAGGCAGGCCUGUCUCUGAAUCCCAGCUCUGAGAGGGAAACCGUCUGCUGGGUCAGUAGUGUGUGCCCUACAGCUCUACAGCACUACAACCCUACAGCCCUACAGCUCUACAGCCCUACAGCUCUACAGCCCUACAGCCCUACAGCCCUACAGCUCUACAGCCCUACAGCCCUA